CUCUCAGUUCUUCUUUCUUUUCGAGUCGAGUUCAGUUUGUUUCGAAUCGCCGACGUGAACGCACGCUUGUCGCGCUUGUAGCAGUUGGAUUUUUGAUUUUCCCAGCCAGAGUCGCGGGUUCGUGUGUUGUGGGCCGCUUUUGUUUGUCUCGUUUUAUGGCCAGCGAUUUGGCAACCGAUGCGAAUAAGCCAAGUUAAGAGCAACGCAACGCAGUACAAAAUCCAUAAAAACAAGAAACACAAGGCGCAAUUAAAUGCAAAUGUGUGAAAGUGUAGCAAGCAUUUAACCAAAAAAAAUAACGCGAAAAAUCGCGGCUUCAAAGUGCGAACAAGCGCGAACAGAGAAGCUAAACAACAGUGCCAGUGCGUGUUUGUUUGUGGCAGCUUAAGAAAAGCCAAAUAAAUAUUAAUAUUUGCACAAGAGAUCGCAGCGGAGUAGCUAACCUCACAUUUAAUAAAACACGUAUUAAAACGUAAAUUACUUGAAAAUACAUUAAAAAUGUUCAACCGGCUGCAGCUGCAUCUGUAGUGGACGCCAGGAUACAAGGAUAACACUUCUGCCUUUCUCCAACCAACAAAGACAAUUCUGAGCAAGUGAACCCAUUUGGACAACAUGAGUCGACUAAAGGCCGCUUCCGAGCUGGCAUUGCUUGUAAUGAUCCUGCAACUGCUACAGUGGCCAGGAUCUGAGGCAUCCUUCGGUCGGGAUGCGUGCAGUGAGAUGAGCAUCGAUGGGCUUUGUCAGUGUGCACCCAUUAUGUCGGAAUACGAAAUCAUCUGCCCGGCGAACGCCGAGAAUCCCACGUUUAGGCUAACCAUCCAGCCCAAUGACUACGUCCAGAUCAUGUGCAAUCUGACGGAUACCUCGGACUACAAGCAGCUGCCGAAGAAGUUGCGGAUCGGUGAGGUAGACAGGGUACAGAUGCGACGGUGUAUGCUGCCCGGUUACACGCCGAUAGCCAGUAUCCUGGACUAUCUGGGCAUAGUGUCGCCCACGACGCUGAUCUUCGAGAGCGACAACCUGGGCAUGAACAUAACGCGGCAACACUUGGACCGUUUGCACGGUCUAAAGCGAUUCCGGUUCACCACCCGCCGUCUCACACACAUUCCUGCCAACCUACUGACGGAUAUGCGUAAUCUGAGUCAUCUGGAACUGAGGGCAAAUAUCGAGGAAAUGCCAUCGCAUUUGUUCGACGAUCUGGAGAACCUGGAGUCCAUUGAAUUCGGUAGCAAUAAGCUGAGGCAAAUGCCGCGUGGCAUUUUCGGCAAGAUGCCCAAGCUGAAGCAGCUCAAUUUGUGGAGCAAUCAACUGCACAACCUCACUAAACACGACUUCGAAGGUGCCACCUCGGUGCUGGGCAUAGAUAUUCACGAUAAUGGCAUCGAACAGUUGCCGCACGACGUCUUCGCCCAUCUCACGAAUGUCACGGAUAUCAAUCUGAGCGCCAAUCUCUUCCGUUCCCUGCCGCAGGGCCUAUUCGACCACAACAAACACCUGAACGAGGUGCGCCUGAUGAACAAUCGAGUGCCCCUGGCCACGCUGCCUUCGCGACUGUUUGCCAAUCAGCCGGAACUGAAGAUCCUGCGGCUGAGAGCUGAUCUGCAAUCGUUGCCGGGUGAUCUCUUCGAGCAUUCCACACAGAUCACCAACAUCUCGCUGGGAGACAACCUGCUGAGCACUCUGCCCGCAACCUUGCUGGAACAUCAGGUGAACCUGCUUAGCUUAGACUUGAGCAACAACCGGCUGACACAUCUGCCGGAUUCACUCUUUGCUUAUACCACCAAUUUGACGGAUCUGCGGCUGGAGGAUAACCUGCUCACCGGCAUUAGCGGGGAUAUAUUUAGCAACCUGGGAAACCUAGAGACCCUCGUCAUGAGCAGAAAUCGACUGCGUACCAUCGAUUCCAGAGCCUUUAUAAGCACAUAUGGACUGCGACACCUGCAUUUGGAUCACAACGACAUCGAUUUGCAGCAGCCAUUGCUGGACAUCAUGCUCCAGACCCAGAUCAACUCCCCGUUUGGUUACAUGCACGGCCUUUUGACCCUUAAUCUGCGAAACAACUCAAUCAUAUUCGUCUACAACGACUGGAAGAACACAAUGCUCCAGUUGAGGGAGCUGGACUUGAGUUACAACAACAUUAGCUCGCUGGGCUACGAGGAUCUGGCGUUCCUGUCGCAGAAUAGAUUGCACGUGAACAUGACGCACAAUAAGAUACGUAGGAUAGCGCUGACCAAGGAUGUGCACUUGGGCGAGGACUACACGAAUCUGGUGCAUGUGGAUCUUAACGAUAAUCCCCUGGUCUGCGACUGUACGAUCCUCUGGUUUAUCCAGCUGGUGAGGGGCGUCCAUAAGCCGCAGUAUUCCAGACAGUUUAAAUUACGCACAGACCGAUUGGUUUGCAGCCAGCCAAAUGCCUUGGAGGGUACUCCAGUGCGUCAGGUGGAACCGCAGACGCUCAUCUGUCCGCUGGACUUCUCCGAUGAUCCACGGGAAAGGAAGUGUCCGCGCGGCUGCAACUGCCAUGUGCGUACCUACGACAAUGCACUGGUCAUCAACUGCCAUAGCGGCAAUCUGACACAUGUUCCUCGCUUGCCCAAUCUGCAUCAGAACAUGCGAUUAAUGGAACUCCACUUGGAGAACAACACACUGCUCAGGCUUCCUUCGGCCAAUACACCCGGCUAUGAGAGUGUAACUAGCCUGCAUCUGGCUGGCAACAAUCUAACCAGCAUCGAUGUGGAUCAACUGCCUACCAAUCUCACCCAUUUGGACGUAAGUUGGAACCACCUGCAGAUGCUGAACGCCACCGUGCUGGGUUUCCUUAAUCGGACCAUGAAGUGGCGCUCGGUGAAGCUGUCCGGGAAUCCGUGGAUGUGUGAUUGUACCGCCAAGCCGCUACUCCUCUUCACCCAGGACAAUUUCGAAAGGAUUGGAGAUCGCAAUGAAAUGAUGUGCGUGGACGCUGAGGUGCCCACACGAAUGGUGGAACUGUCUACCAACGAUAUUUGUCCGGCGGAAAAGGGCGUUUUCAUAGCCCUGGCCGUGGUGAUUGCCUUAACUGGUCUUUUGGCCGGUUUUACGGCGGCACUGUACUACAAAUACCAGACGGAGAUCAAAAUUUGGCUGUAUGCUCACAAUCGGCUCCUGUGGCUUAUCACGGAGGAGGAUGUGGACAAGGACAAGAAGUUCGAUGCUUUCAUCUCGUACUCGCACAAGGACCAGAGCUUCAUUGAGGACUACUUGGUGCCGCAACUGGAGCAUGGUCCUCAGAAGUUCCAGCUCUGUGUGCACGAACGCGACUGGCUGGUGGGCGGACACAUUCCCGAGAAUAUUAUGCGCUCCGUGGCGGAUUCGAGACGAACGAUUAUUGUGCUCAGCCAGAACUUUAUCAAAUCGGAGUGGGCACGCCUUGAAUUCAGGGCGGCGCACAGAUCGGCACUGAACGAAGGACGCUCGCGUAUUAUUGUGAUCAUCUACUCGGACAUCGGAGAUGUGGAGAAGCUGGACGAAGAGCUGAAGGCUUACCUGAAGAUGAACACCUACCUGAAGUGGGGCGACCCGUGGUUCUGGGAUAAGCUGCGAUAUGCCCUGCCCCAUCGCAGACCCGUCGGCAAUAUCGGUAAUGGAGCGCUAAUAAAGACAGCGCUGAAGGGUUCCACGGACGACAAGUUGGAGUUGAUCAAACCGUCGCCGGUGACGCCGCCGUUGACCACGCCGCCGGCGGAGGCUACGAAGAAUCCGCUGGUAGCGCAGCUAAAUGGCGUCACCCCGCAUCAGGCCAUAAUGAUUGCCAACGGCAAGAACGGUCUGACGAAUCUGUACACACCCAAUGGCAAGUCGCACGGUAAUGGCCACAUCAACGGCGCCUUCAUCAUCAACACGAAUGCCAAACAGAGCGACGUAUAGGACUGGGAGAAGGCGGAGCUGUUCCAGUUCGAUCCCGACGAUGAGCUAUUGUUCCGUUAAAGAGAGGCCUCCAAGAAGAACACUGCCACUGACGAGGCGGCGGUGAAUGGACCCAGCUGAAUGUAAAAAGUCUAGAGAAUAUUAUCGAUUUCCUCGUGUUUGGUCAAGUUACAGUCGCCCCCUUAUAGGUUUAAAUCUCUUGCGCUGGUAGAGAAGCUCCAGGAAAACUAAGUGAAAAUUUCAAAUUUCAAUAUUUCAUGUGGCCUUUGUUGACGAAAAAUGAAACAAAAAUGUUUAGUUUGAGGAAAGAUGGAAACACACAAGCUAGUUUUAACCACAUCACUCUGUUUUAAGUGUUAUAUGUAAGCUUAGCAUAGACCCUGUGCAGACUCUUGUAGACAUAAAAAUCUCAUUUAUUUAGUAAUUAUUUGUACAUUAGGAUUAUUGCAAGCUGCCGCAUACAAAACUGAGAAUAGCUCAAUGCUAAAAUACCUUUUGAAAUUACCACUUUUAUUUAUGUUUUACCUUUGAACAGAAUCUCAAACGAAAUGGGAAUCUGAAUUUUGAACAAAUCGAGCUUUAUUUCGAACUAACUACUGAUUAUUUGUUAGAACGCAGCCUACAACUAGGUGGAACCACUUGCAAUACACAUACGACGUAUCCAAAUAGUAGUAUAGACUCUGUAAUUGUGUGAACAAACGCAACAAAAGCAGCCGAAAUGAAAUACAAAUUGCCUUCUUUGUAUGUAUGUAUGUACGUAUGCUAGAUAUAUAGACCCCAAGGAUUCAUAAUCGAUUGCAUUACAUACACAACCCGUCUCUGUACAUAAGCUGGAUAAUGAUUUCUGUACUUUUCCAAAACUAGUAUGUGUAUCGCACGCAAAUCCAGAUCCUUACACACAACUAUCACUAGUAUCAACUGUAAUCUCACGCCCAUUUAAAUGACGCUAUAUAAAUAAGUACAUACCGCGCGAAGACAUAAUUCAGUGGACACACAUUAUCAUGUCAUCUACCAAACAAUUAGGCUAGCUCUUCAUCCAUACAAAAACCAGAAUGAAUAUCGUCUAUGAUACGUAAAUGUAAUUAAGCUAAACUAUGGUAUGUGUAUAUCGUCUAAGCUAUAGAUUGUCUCUUAUAUGUAAUACCUAAGGUACCUACAGAUUUAUGCAGACACACUCAUCUACUCUGUAUGCGUAUGAGUAUAUUAAAUCUAAUUGUAUAUGAAAAACACAUACAACGCAAAUAAAAUAUAUUUUAAAAAUUUAAA